GUAUUAUGGGUCGGGUGUAGCCUGGAAGGACUUCCUUUCGACUCCGAGUCGUUCGACCACGUUCACUUGCGUUUCGUAGGACUUGGGAUUCCGGAGACAGCCUGGGAAAGUCUACUGGACGAAUGCGCUCGAGUGCUCAAAAGCGGUACUGGGAUCCUCGAGGUGAGUCGCGCUGGCCCGGGAUAA